AUAUCAUUAUUAUACUCACAUAUUAAUUAGUUACUCUCUGCAUUGCAAUUGCAUGCAUGUUUUAGAUUAUAUACAUAUAUAUAGUUAAUCUUCAUUACUUAAUAUAUACAAGCCCUUUUCAGAUAUAUAAUCGAUGGUUUUUGGAAGGAGUAAUGGAGAGAUGUUGGGCGGCAGGGCAAUAACCGUGCGCGUUUUGUUGUUGGUGUUGGUGUUGGGAGGAAGGUGCUACAGGCCAGCGGCGGCAUCCAGGUGGACUUGGCCACCGUCGCCGCCGGCGGCACUGGCUCCGGCGGACUGGUGCUUGAGCUGGCGGUUGGGGGUGGAGACCAACAAUAUAAGAGGGUGGCCCACCGUGCCCUGGGAGUGUUUGCUACACGUCAAGUACUACAUGGAAGGCGGGCAGUACAACUCGGAUGUGUGGGAAGCUGUGCAGAGCAUCAUUAAAUAUGCCAAAACCAUUAAUAUCUCUGGAGAUGGUUUGGAUGCUUGGGUCCUAGACGUUGACGACACCUGCAUUUCCAACCUCCCUUUCUACCGAAAUUUCAAGAACUAUGGGGUUCAGCCAUAUGACCCGGUCGCAUUCCAGAAAUGGGCAUUGCAGUCGGAAUGCCCUGUCAUCACUAAUGUUCGGAAUUUGUUCAAUAUAUUGAUUGGAAGAGGGUUUAAGCUCUUCCUUGUCACCGGAAGGUCUGAGGACACAUUUCGAAACGCCACUAUUCAAAACCUGCAUAACCAAGGAUUUUACGGCUACGAAAAGCUCGUACUAAGGGAUAAGAAGUACAAAGGUCAAAGCGCAAUAACGUUCAAAUCAGCAAUAAGGAGACAGUUAGUGGAAGAUGGAUACAGAAUAGUGGGCAAUGUAGGAGAUCAGUGGAGUGAUCUUAUGGGUGAUGCUCCUGGAAACCGCACUUUUAAGCUCCCCAACCCCAUGUACUUUGUCCCUUGACUCAUUACAUUAUACGUGUGCAGAGAUGAUCGAAUUUAAUAGUGGGAGCAUAUCAUGAUUCACAUAUUGAAAUAAUAAUCUCAACUGGUUUAAAAAAACAAACUUCUUGUUAACGUAUCUAGCUAACUCCACACCUGACACAUGACAGAUGGGCAGGCUUUUCCUAAUUUGUAUUCUCAAUGGAAGCUACAAUUGAAUAAAUUGAAACUCAAAACAUUGAUUUUGUUUUCGAUGUUGUUUCACAUUUUAUGAAGUACUGUUCGUGUUCAUGUAUAAAUGUAGUGUUCGUGUAUGUACCGCGCUGGAGGAAAAAAAGAAGAACAAUCCAAAAACAAGUAUACAUGUAGUCCA